GACCCUAACGGUUGGCACCACCGGUCGGUGGCAGGGGGCCCCCACUGCUCCGUGGGGCUCGCUCCAGCCACGGGAGGGACACGGAAGCCCAGCAGCUGCAGCAGACGAGGAAGCUGAGCCUUGCUGAAGAACUGCAAGAGAGCCAUUCUCCAUGCCAGGGACAGAAGGGGAUAAAAAGAUGGCAAAGAAAGAAAGAGUGACCCCGUCUCUGGUCUUUGCUGUGACCGUGGCUGCAAUCGGCUCUUUCCAGUUUGGCUACAACACUGGGGUCAUAAAUGCUCCCGAGAUGAUCAUAAAAGAUUUUAUCAACAGCACCUUGUCCGAGAAGUUAAAGGAUCCUCCCAGCACGGGGCUGCUCACGACGCUCUGGUCCUUGUCCGUAGCUAUCUUCUCCGUGGGCGGGAUGCUUGGCUCCUUCUCCGUUGGACUCUUUGUCAACCGCUUUGGCAGGCGCAACUCAAUGCUCAUGGUCAACCUCCUGAUCGUCGCUGGCGGCUGCCUCAUGGCUUUCUGCAAGAUCUUUGGCUUGAAGUUCAUCUUGGGGACUGAAGAGCUCUGGCCUCUGCUGCUCGGCUUCACCAUUAUCCCAGCCAUCUUGCAAAGUCUGGCACUUCCUCUUUGCCCGGAAAGUCCUAGAUUCUUACUCAUUAACAGAAAAGAAGAGGAGCGUGCUAGGAAAAUCCUGCAGCGGCUGUGGGGCUCUGAGGACGUGUCCCAGGACAUCCAGGAGAUGAAGGACGAGNNNGUGCGGAUGAGCCAGGAGAAGAAGGUCACCGUGCUGGAGCUCUUCCGCUCCCGCAGCUACCGCCAGCCCAUCAUCAUCUCUGUCGUGCUGCAGCUCUCCCAGCAGCUCUCAGGGAUCAAUGCUGUGUUCUAUUACUCAACGGGAAUCUUCAAGGACGCGGGCGUCAAGGAGCCCAUCUACGCCACCAUCGGUGCGGGCGUGGUCAACACCAUCUUCACUGUGGUGUCCGUGUUUCUGGUGGAAAGGGUGGGAAGGAGGAGCCUGCACAUGAUCGGCCUCGGCGGCAUGGCUGUGUGCUCCAUCACCAUGACUGUCUCACUGCUACUGAAGGACAAUUACAAUUUCAUGAGCUACAUCUGCAUUGUGGCCAUCUUGGUCUACGUGGCCUUCUUUGAGAUCGGGCCGGGCCCCAUCCCCUGGUUCAUCGUGGCGGAGCUCUUCAGCCAGGGACCCCGCCCGGCAGCUAUGGCUGUCGCCGGCUGCUCUAACUGGACCUCCAACUUUUUGGUUGGACUGCUCUUCCCCACGGCUGCAGCCGCUUUAGGAGCCUACGUUUUUAUCAUCUUCGCCGUCUUCCUUAUUAUCUUCUGGCUGUUCACCUUCUUCAAAGUCCCAGAGACCCGAGGCAGGACUUUUGAGGACAUCUCACGGGCCUUUGAAGGGCGAGAUCAGGACGCCGCAGGAUCCGGGAAGAGCCCAGCCAUGGAGCUGAACAGCCUGCAGCCUGGGAAGCAGCAGGCCACAGGCGUGUAGGCCACCUCCACCAGGACUGCGGACAGCGACCCUCUGAGGCCGCCUUCAGCCCACAAACCUAGGACUGUUACAGUGCUGCUGCCCGUGCCUGUCUCCCCCUCAGCAAGCCCUGGCUUACAGGCCAGUGCCCGGGCUUCUCAAAGCGUAUCACUUGUUGGACCUUCUCCCGUGGCACCAGCCAGGUGACCUCCCCUCACUGGGCCACACACCCCUCUUCUGCCGUGAGGGCCAGCUCUGCUCGGGUGCAAGGGAAAGCUGUGGAUUCCACACCUCAGUUCUCAGGCACUUGGGUUGUAUUUAUUUUAUCUCCUGGUUUUACUGCAUAAAUAUUUAUUUUUUUAAGUAAAUUUUACCAAACAGUGAAGACAUAAGGAAAUGGAGGUGAGAGGCCUUUAAAGAAAGGCUAUAGAUAAAGCAGGUUUGAUACCAGAGCAAGCAAGGUGUGAGAAGGAAAGACUCAGGGAGAAGGGGGGUGCAAUGUGGUCCCCAGGAGGGCACCUGCUCCCCACAGUGUCUGCAUCUCUCACAGGAGACUUCGUUACACUUCAUUUCAGGAAAGUCAUGUGCCUGCAGAGAAAAACUACUGGUUACCUUUGGAAGUUUGCUUUAAAAUUAUAGUUUAUAUACAUAUAUAUAGUAUUACUUGAAAUCCGGGGCUGUUACUAAGAUGGGCAUUGUCAUUACAUGCAGUAGAUGGAUUUUUAUUUCAAGAGUCCAGACAAGAGAGGUUGUUUGUAGAAAGCCACCUCCCUACCCUCCCUGGACCAAGCCAAUUCUCAUUUGUCCUGUAGACCCCACACCCCCACCCUCACCUCUACCCCCACCCUGCUCUCCAGUGAGGGCAAAAAAUACUGCUCACUAGAGCUUCAUUGUUUCUCCACUUUGUUACAAUAUUUUGUUGAUUUUUGACUUUAACUUAUAGCUUUAAAGGAAUUCCGAGGAGAACCCUCAUGGGUAAUUUGGAAUUUGAGACCUCAGCUCUGGGAAAAGAUUUUUCAUGAACGAUUGCUGUGUUUUAGUGUGCUGUGUAUGGUCAGGGCUUGCCGGUCCACGUCUGUUACCAUACCAGGUCACUCUUGUACCAUGUUACUGUGACACCCACUAGGUGCCCUCAGGGACCUGACUCCUCUGAUGGACACAUUUAAGAAGGGAGUAAAUGACACUUGGAGAGCAGGAGCGUGUGUUGCUCUGUCAUAUUGCUCGGGUGGAAGUAGUUCAUAGGCCACUUGCUUCGAGUGUUGCUGUCACCUCCUUUUGCAUAGAAUGUAUUAAACCCACCCCUAUAUGUAGAAGCAACACUGCCUCUGCUGGGUGGUAUUUGCACCCAAAACUUGUGAUUCAGAUUCACCUGCUGUCCUUCAGGAAUGGAAGGAGCCACCUCCCUUGGCUGAGGUGGAGGGGGAAGGGGAGAGAUGAGGUUGCCUGGGGGUUUGAGGGGCUGCA